AUGGCCUCAUGCAUAGUCUGUCGCGGUCAUGCUGCCACUCUAAAUAGCUGUUUAAAUGGCAAUCCGAAUAUUACAGCGCAACAAUCUUUAAUAGGAAAGGUAUUUCAAAGCGGCGGGUUAAGUAUAAACAGUACAGAAGACAUCUCGCUCCCGGAACUACUUGCACCAGUAGCACAAUGUGUGUGCAUACCGACUUUUCCUCAACAAUACAACGAUUGUAUGACCUGCUUCAAUGGGACUGGAAAAAUUCCUGCCUCGGGAAACACCACUUUUAAUCUUGAGGAUAUAACAGCAGCGUGCCAAAUAGAAGCACAGUUGUUAGCUAAUACUACUGUAGUUGUUCCAAGUAUCGGUAAUAGCACAACAAUAACAACUUCUUCUGCUCCUAGAAAAUCAUUUAAUUCGAAAAAAGUUUUGGUUGCUGGGUUAACGAUUGUUGCCUUGUUGGCCGGAAAUUUAUAA